AGACCGAUGGAGGAGACCCGCUGCUGCUCUGCGGCUCCAGAGAGGCCGCGGCUCCGUGGAUCAUCGAUCAACGACCAGAGGGACUUUUACCAGCACGAACCCGAACAGCUGCGGGUCGGUUAACGGUUCCGGCGGGCGGAGGGAUGCGUUGCCUGGUAACAAAAACCGGACGGAGGCUGGGAGCAGGCCGAGCAUCAUCAGAGUAAACAUCCUCCUGGUCCUCCUCCAGCAACAUGAGUUCACCUCCAGCUGAUUCAUCUGAUCGGAUUUCAUGAUUUCACUAAAUAUUUUUCAUUCUUUAAUUCUGAAAACCCUCCUGCAGAGUGACGCCCCACACCUGACCACUGCCUCACAGCUGUAGGAUGUGCCUGUAAGUCCGUGCUCAGGGUAAACAGACAUCAUGCCCUGUACCUGUGCAGAAUGGAGGAGGUGGAUCCGCCCUCUGGUUCUGGUUCUGUAUGCUUUCCUGCUGGUAGCCGUGGUGCCGCUGUGCAUCUGGGAGCUGCAGAAAGACAAGGUCGGGACUCACGGUAAAGCCUGGUUCAUCGCUGGUGUGUUCGUGUUCCUCACUAUCCCCAUCUCUCUGUGGGGGAUUCUGCAGCACAUGGUCCACUACACCCAGCCGGAGCUGCAGAAGCCCAUCAUCAGGAUCCUGUGGAUGGUGCCGAUCUACAGUUUGGAUAGUUGGCUCGCUCUGCGGUACCCCAACAUGGCCAUCUACGUGGACACCUGCAGGGAGUGCUACGAGGCCUACGUCAUCUACAACUUCCUGGUGUUCCUGCUGAACUUUCUCAGUAACCAGUACCCCAGCCUGGUCCUGAUGCUGGAGGUCCAGCAGCAGCAGAUGCACCUGCCGCCGCUGUGCUGCUGCCCGCCGUGGCCGAUGGGAGAGGUGCUGCUGUUCAGGUGCAAGCUGGGAGUUCUCCAGUACACCGUGGUCCGGCCCGUCACCACGGUGAUAGCGCUCAUCUGUCAGCUCUGUGGCGUCUAUGAUGAAGCCAACUUCAGCUUCAGAAGCGCCUGGUCCUACUUGGUGAUCAUCAACAACAUCUCACAGCUGUUUGCCAUGUACUGCCUGGUGUUGCUCUACCGCGCUCUCAGAGAUGAGCUGAAACCCAUCCGACCCGUUGGGAAGUUCCUCUGCGUCAAACUGGUUGUGUUUGUGUCGUUCUGGCAGGCUGUUUUAAUCGCCGUCCUGGUGAAAGUAGGUGUGAUAUCGGACAGACACACCUGGGACUGGGACAGCGUGAAGGCCGUGGCUACAGGACUACAGGACUUCAUCAUCUGCAUAGAAAUGUUCCUGGCUGCUAUCGCUCAUCACUACACCUUCACCUAUAAACCCUACGUACAGGAAGCAGAGGAGGGCUCGUGUUUCGACAGUUUCUUAGCGAUGUGGGAUUUCUCAGAUAUCCGAGCCGAUGUCACCGAGCAGGUUCGGAACGUUGGUCGGACGUUCCUGGGUCGUCCCAACAAGAUGUACUUUGGAGCCGCUGCUCGACCUGAACACACAGAGCACACCGGCCUCCUGAACUCCACUUCGCAGGAUCCAGUUGCUGCGGCAACGACCUCUAUGCCUGCCUCUCCCUCUGCAACUGGGUGGUAUCAAGGCCUCGGCCACACCCCUGCCCCUCACUCUAUCUCCGCCCCCGCAGGGUUCACGACCUCGUCCUGGGAGGAUGACAGUGACAGCUCGCCCUCACCGCCGGGACACUAAAGAGACAGGAAACAGAACUCUAAACGCGUAUCAUUGUAAACUCUGAUGUCAAAGCCAUAUUUGUGCUGAAUCUGGUGUUUUAAAAAAGAUGAAAAUAGCUCAGAUUUUAGUGUUUGAAGUCUGGCUUUUACUGUCCGAUUGUGUAGUUUUGAUAAAUGUUGCAGGUGGAGCAGGUGGUUGUGAAGUGUCCUUCGGGUGGCUUUAACCGUGUGUCUCCACUCACAAUGAAAACAAGAUGUCAUGUUUAAUCUGCAGAAACUGCUUCAGUUCCUAAAAGACGGUUUAAAGGUGUGGAACACUUGUUUAAUCAAUACAUUAUAAGUGAUCUCUGGUAGGAAUGAAUGCCUUGCAAGCUGUACUCGGGGUAAGAAAGCCCAUAAGCGCAUGGAGUCUGCUGUGGCAGGGAGCACAAACAUCAUUCAGGGAGCCUAAAGCUUGGUUUAUGCUUGACGCGUCCACAAGGUCUGCACGGCUCCGCGCGGCAAAAUUGUGUCAUUUUAACAACCACGCCCCUCCACCGCGCCUCCGCACGGCCAAAACUUUCCGCACCUCGCACUUAGGAAAUUUUCUAACCACACGGACGGUCGGACGCGGAAAAACAUGGCAGACCGGCAAGAACUAGUAUGGCAGAGGUUCGUAAAUACAGACAUUUGUAUGAUUCAGCUCUCAAAAAUCACCGUGAUCAACAUGUUAAUAAUUCUUGGAGAGAAAUAGCUCGCACUGUCGGAAAAGAUGAGGACACUGUUAAAAAUGCUGGAAUGCCAUGUUGUAAACAGUAAUUUCUACUUCUACUAUGGUGUAGUGUUGGAUGCAUGCCGUAGAGCUCCAUGCUGCCCCCUACAGUUUGGGAGAAUAUUGGCUCACCGCAGAGACGAGCCGCAUGAACCAUAAACGCUGCGAGUUGUGAAGCGCGUUCCAUCCGCGAGCCGCAUCACCAAGCGGAAAGUAAAUGCAUCAAGCAUAAACCAAGCUUUAGUCCCCUCCCUUCCCGGUCGGAUCACGGGUCCCCGGAAGAACGAAAAACUGAAUGCAAGUCAACGGGGCUAAAAUCGUUAUUUUCUAAUCCGCUUUGCCUUACGCCCUGGAUCGCACAUAUGUUGUACUGUGUCAAGUUUGGUGGCAGAGCUGAAGCGUGGCUGAGAAGGUCUGUUGCCCAGACGCGGAGUGGUGGAGAUAAACAGCGCGGUUAUAUCCUUUAGGUUAGGUUUGAAGGCGGGUAAGCCUGAGAACUCGAUUCAAAGUCUGGUGAGAACGAUGACAGAGUAAUGAAUGAAACGCCGGCACUUCCGUUUAUAGUGAUGGCGUGAUGACGUCGACGGCCACGUUGGUGGCGAGAAUGCUGGGAAAUGGAGUCAGCUGGAGGAGUUCGUGACAUACUGCAACUGAAAUGAAAAGUAAUGAUGGUGAUUCGACCACGCCAGUCACGUACUUUGAGAUUUAUCAGCUUGUACAAGUUUGUAAUUAGCAUGACUACACAAUAGAAAUCGCAUAUGUGACAUCACCACACAAUCUCCCCCAGUGCAGCUGCUACUUACCAAAUGCCCAGGUUUUUGGGGGUUCUUUCCUCCUGAGGGAAGGAUUUUAGGGUUUGCUAAAUUUACAGCCAUUUUCCCUGUUUCUUUCCGUGUCUGGUUCAAUGACGUCACUUUGGUAACGCACAUUUGUAAUCUUGGCCUUUUUUUCCACACAAAACCUAAAGUCAAGUUUCCCCCUGUUCAAAAAUAAGCGCGUUCUUGGUAUCAACAUGUGUCUUUAAAAUUCACGGACGUCAUGUGUGAAACCCACAAGCGGACUUAGAAAAUGCGUUUUUAGCCCCGUUGAUUUGCAUUCAUUUUUUCGUUCCUCCGGGAACCCAUGAUGCGGAAGUAGAUGGGUGUGACUUAGGCUCCCUAUACGUAGACUCCCCGUGGACUGGUGCUGGCGUAGCAGUGAGCUGCCAUCUUGGAUGGGUCUGUAUUCGCCAAAGCGCAUUUAUUUCUGCUGAGGAACAUGUUUACUCAACUAAUAAACACAUUUAGUUAAGCUUUUUCACAAAAUCAGACAUAUAGUAUAAAGUUAAAGUUCCAUUAGUCUUCAUCACAUAUUGGUGUAAUUACAUCUCUGCAUUUGACCCAUCCCUGUGGGGAGUAGUGUGGCACGAUAGUUAAAAUAUUAAUACAAUUAAAAUAAAUGAAAAUCCAAAAUUCCAGCAGGUAGGUUAGAAUAAUCAAAAUCAAUGUGAUAAUUUUCAAGAGUGCACUGGUUGUUGCACCCAUAAGCUGCACAAAAAACGAGCAAAGUAUGGAGCGUGAGGAACCCAUCCAAUAUGGCGCUGUUACGCUCUUCAGUGCCCAAUGGCAGGUCUACAUUAUUCAUGUCUAAGGCAGAGAGUGACCCAACAUGACAGGCUUUGGAGUCCUGUUCCCUGAGAUUUGGGCAUCUCGCCUCUGAUUGGCUAACAGCAACACGACAAUAAUACAAGUCUGGAGGAAUUCUGCUGUGAGGUGGAGUUGCUAAUGCUAACAGUAAACUUCUACUAGCCGAGAUGUUCUCUGAUGUUUCCUGGACGUUAAACCAACAACAGCCAAGCCAAGAUGGGCGAGUCCUUGUUUGUUAAGUGACAGUGUGACGUAGUUCUGUAAGGAUUUUCUACUCCUAAAGUUUCACCGUCUAUUUUCUAUCAGAAGCUAAUGCAGGAAAUAGGUGUAGGAGACUAUUUUCAUGUUUAGGCCUGCAUGAAAAACUCAGAGUUACUGAUUAUAAUCAGGAAUAAUAAUUUUAUAAUUGGUUUUAAGAGUUCCACACUUUUAAUCAUUUUAAAAUGCUCAACGUUUUGUUUCUGUUGUCUUUACCUAAAAAAAAUUAAUGUUUCAAAUCAAACAUGUUUGCUUCCUUUUCCAGCCGUCCCAUAACAGUGUACAGAAAUCAAACAUAACUUUCAAUCUUUAGGAUGAAAAAUCAGAAAUAGAAAGUGUAACAUUUGCAUUUAAAACAUGACAGUAUAAGAACCUGAUAAUGCUGAAAAGAUUAUAACUGAUCUAAAAGUCAACCUGUAAACAGAAUGAAAUUCCACUUAUGUGCAGAAAGACUGAAAAAAACCCUGCUGUUUAUUUAAAACAAACUUUCCCUGAA